UUGCAUAAUUCCAUGUGCAUGGGGUUGGAGGAGCCUCUGCUGCAAAAAUUUAUGCCCGACACAUUUUUUUGUUCUCUAGCCCAGUAUAAGCCCCACCAACCAUUAAAGCAUAAGCAUACUCCCUUUUCUUUCUCACUUCUUCACUCUUCUCUAGAUAUCAUCGCCAUCGCCCGCAUAAAAAGAGAGAUAUAAUUUCAUAUCACUCCAUUUGCCCCAGAGAAACUGAUAAAUCAGAGCGCGCGCGCACUCAACGCCGACAUAUAUACCAUAUGGGUGCUGCUACUUCCAGCUCCAUUAGCAAGAAGGCCAUCAGCUCAAACAAAAGCAAGGACUUGAAGGGCCUCUUCGCAGAGAGAGUGAGGCUGCUCCAAGAGGAGAUCAAUGGGAUAGUGCAGGAGAGGGAGAAGGAGGCCAAGUCCUACAAGAGGGAGGUGAUGGUGUUUGCACUUAAAGAGGGUGAGUGGAGGAGGGAGAGGAAGAGGCUGAGAGAGGAGGUGAGGAGGCUGAGGAAGGUGGUGGAGGAGAAGGAGGAGAGGAUUACAGGGAUGAUGGAAGGAGGAGGAGGAGGGGGAGAGAUGGUGGUGGUGGGUGAGGAUUGGGGAUUGUUGGUCGAGCAGAUGAGGGAGGAGAGGGCAAGGAGGGACGAGGCUGUGGAAAAGUGGAAGCAGCUCUACCUUGCCAUCAAGAUGGAGCUUGACGAUCUCAUCCGUACCACUCAUUGCGGAGAGGGACUACUGUGUUGGAGACCGGAGGAAGAAGAAAUGGUGGAAGAGCUGAAGAGGGAGCUGAGAGCCAAGGAAGAAACCAUUGAAGCUCUCAAGUCUCAUCUGGCAUCCUUGGAACAAGACAAGCACAAGAGUGAGAGAGAGGCAGACAUCCUGAGGCAGAGCCUGAGAAUCAUGAGCAACAAAAAUGGUGCUCACACCACCACCAGGAAACUUACUUGAUGUUUUGUUGCUAAUUAGGAGGAAGAAUAAAUUUUCUUGCAAGAAUUAGAGGAUAAUGAAAAAGGAGUGAAUUUACUUAUUUUUUUCUUUCUUUUUUUAGCAUUAUGUAAUCACAGAUGGGAAGUUAAUGCCAUGGACCGACUGGAGAGCUGGGGUGGGUCGUUCCGAAUGUAUAAUUAUGGCAAAUUGAUAUAAUAUGAACGUAGAGAGAUUACCUGUCAAA